CGUUGAGGGGCAAGGGAUUCAAAGUCAACGUCUUAACCACUUCGCCAGGUAACCUGUAUGAGCGACACAUUCAGAACAAUGUUAGUAAUUUAAGUUGGACAAUAAUGCGAGAUUCAAGAUAAUGCAAGAUACAGGAGAUGCUCCAACUUGGUUCUUUAGGAUGUCAGGUGUAAAGUACCCAUACACAGGACUCUUACCUGAAUUUGGAGGAGUGGGUACUCAAACUCACAACCACUUGUUUCGUAAUCAAACAAUGUUACCACUUGACAAAAUAUUGUUCCCCCAUUGUACUCCAGUAUCCCUUUUAAAGUAGUCCAUUAUGGUAUCUGACAAAUGAUCAUUUUAUUUCGUAGGCAUGAAAUUUCAAGGUUUUGGUCAAAAUGGCAAUUUCGUAGGGAUAGGAAUUCGUGGAUUUCAAUUUUUGAACAUAAAAUGAUGGGAAACUACUUGUUCACUGGAAUUAAAUUUUGUUGACUGACUCAACCACAAAAUCAACGAAAAUUAGUCUACCAUGAAUAUUAAUGAUUUCACAGUACAAUGUAUCUGAAACUGUAAUUUGAAAGUGACAUGGAAGAUCUUCUAUUUGAAUUUCUGCAGAUUGACCCAGUUGAGGUCAAAAUAUUUCAAAAGGUUGAUAACUCCUCCAUAAAAAAAUUAUACACUUCUCUGACAAAUUAUAUGGGUAUCAUAUUUCCUAUAAAAUAUUUCAAAUACCAGUUACUUCUUUCAUGAUCAAGAUCAUUUGCUUGACUAGCUAAGGAGGUAAUGUAGAGACAGAAAAACAAGUAUUUUGACAGUUUAAGUAUAAAAUUUUGGCAAUUUUUCAAAUUUGUUUUGUAAAAUAUCAUAAAUGUUCAUAUAAUUUGACUUUAAUGACAAGUACAAUCCUCUAAAUUAUGAAGCUAUCAAUUCUGUUUUAAAAUUCUAUAUAUUUUGGAAUACACCAAAAUUUACAUAUAAAUAAUUGUACAAAAUAAGUUGUUUAAUUAGUAUCAUAAUGAAAGAAUGAUUUAAAGCAUAAUAAUAUCAGGACUAUUCUCACAAAGACUGUAUAAAAAAUAUGUAUUUGCUGAAGACAUAGUGAUGCAGCAAGGUGCAGACAGCAUUUAUUUAAAAAGAGUUUUUGCAGUUAGUAAAAUAUCCAGAAUUUAAUUUCUCAACUUGAAAUCUGAUGUAACGAAUGACAGAUCUAGAGUUGGAUUUUAUAGCAAAUUAACACACAAAAAAGGCACAAAAGAAGUUAAAUCGUGGAUGGAAAUUGAUAAACGUCACUAAAAUCAUUUAUAAAUGUAAAAUGUAAAUGUAAAAAUAUAUAUAGUGUUAAGAAUAUCAACUGUAAACAUAGCAAUAAAGCAAUUGAUUAAAUGUUAAGUAUUUAUGACAGGAAGAUGCCUGUUUGUUUCAAAAACUUAAGGAUAAAAUUGUGUCAACAGAAACCGUUUUUGUGCCAAAGAUUGAACUUUUAAUAUUUUGACUGAAAGUGUUGCAAACAACUCAAAACUUUAAAGAUGAAAUUUAAAUUAUUGUGAGAAUUUACAAUUUUUACAUCAAGCCUCAGCUACCUCACAUGGACUGGAUCUAUUUUGUGUGACUAUAAUAAAGUCAAAUAUGGUGUGUAGUAAAAUUGGAAAAAAAAAUACAAAAUACAGAUUUCAGCAUGGAAGACGAUGAGUUUAACUUCCACAGAAUUGUAAAGAGUGAGAAAACAGUGGCUCAACUUGCCCUCCAAGACUUAUUAGAGUCCCUUUGGAAUCAAAAAUACCCUGAAACUCCAUGGACAAAAAAUGAAGCAAGUGUAAAACUGUUUGAAGAAAAAGAAGAUAAGCACUUUCAAAACAGCUUGCAAGGAUUAUCUCACAAAGAAAAGGAGAGAAAAAUUCAGAAAAGAAACCGACUGCAAAACACUUUCAGAGAUGACAAUUGGAAAAAUUAUGAAUGGGAUAUCAGCAAGUUUGCAUAUGCUUUAGUAGACUCCAAACUCUUUGAUUUAGAUGUAACCGAUGCGACAGGUAUGCCAGUCAGUGAGCACAUCGUCAUGUUAAAAAACAUUCGUAAUACUACUGCUCAUUUCACAACAUUUUACUGUGACACUGAUUAUUCUAAAAAGACUUUAAUGUCGAUAGAAGACCAUAUAAAAGCAUUAGAGCUGGUAAAACUGAAUGUAUCCCCAUACAUCGAAAAAUUGCAAAGAAUAAAAACAGAGGAAAAACCUGUUUCAAUCCAAGUAUGGUUUGAAAUGAGGACACAGUUUGAAAAGCUGAAAAGCUCACAAGAGGUCUAUGAAGAAAGGGAGAGGAGAUACUUAAUGCAAGAAAAACUGUGUGCAGCAGAAAGUGAAAAGCAUUCCAAGGAAUUAGAGAGGCUUAAAACUGUCUCAGAAUAUGCAUUAUUGAAGCAAAGCCAUACAGCAGAAUGUGAAAGAAUAAAGCAAAGUUAUUCGAUGGAAGUUGAGAGACUUCAGUCUGAAAACGCUUUACUGAAGCAAAACCAUUUAAGGGAAGUUGAAAGACUUCAGUCUGAACAUGCAUUACUGAAGCAAAGUUAUUUGAUGGAAGUUGAGAGACUUCAGUCUGAAAACGCAUUACUGAAGCAAAGCCAUUUAAGGGAAGUUGAAAGUCUUCAAUCAGAAAAUGAAUUACAGAAGCAAAGACUGGAGUCAGUUAUUAAUCUGCACAAACGGAAACAUUCCGAAAAUCUGAAAGAAUUUCAGAAACUAAAAUCUGAGAAACUGGAAUCACAUAACAAAGUUCAGAAAACUACAGAACAGACGAAUUUUGACAGAUGUAAACGCAAUGGAAUUUUGAAGGCUGUAAUAGUGAUUAUGAUGAUUUGGCAUCAAGUGAAAAGCAAAUAGUGAAACAUGCUGCAGAACAAGCCCUGAAAGUGUUGUCGGAAACCUACUGGGACAGGAAACUCCAUGGACAAAAAAGUAGUGUUGUAAAUAAAUAACAAAUGAAAAUAUGGGAAAAGACAAUUGAAUUCAAGAGCAAAGUUCUUCAUGUGAGAAAUUAGGCAAAUGGACAUAACCUGUGGAUUACGACAGAAAUAAUGUAGAAAAAUAAACAUUAUAGUUAUGUUAAAAGAGCUCGAUCAUCUUGAUCCAGAAGUAUACAGCCAAAACUUCUAAUACUAAGUCUUGUACCAGGUAAAUUGUUUGCCAAGUCCAGCUAAAAUUUCUUUUUAACUCUGAGACUCUUACAAAACUGUACAGAAGCUGAAGUGAGUCCACCGCCAAUUUAUCGAUUCCCUGAGGCAAAGUGGGCAAGACCAACAAAUAUUAUAAUUAAAGAGCCUAUAAGUUUACUUUGUGUAAUUAGUAUUCUACCCUAGCAAAGCUGGAAAUUCAAACUGACACUGUUUUCCAAGUUGUUAAGCUUUUGUUAUUCCAAAUUAACCCUAACCCUGCUAUAUUUCUAUAAUGGACUGGUCCAUCAUUCAAUUUGGGCAAUACCAUUUAUUAUUUGAAGGGGUGUUUGUUGAAAAUUUACUGACUGAAUAGCGAACAGUGCAGACCAUGAUCAGACUGCACGGAUAUGCAGGCUGAUCUUGGUCUGCACUGGUCGCAAAGGCAGAAUCAUCUGCCGCCAAAAGGCUAAGGGUUAAAACAUUACAAGCAAUAUUUUUGGUGCUAUAGCAAAAUUUGAGUUUGUAGUAAAUAGCUGGGAAUCAUUUACUUUUUAACUUUAUAUUUUCAAUAAAUGGAUUUAAUGGAGAAUGCAGUGAUGUAUAUUUUUUUUUUCCAUAGCUGAAAUAAAUAAUGAUGAAUAUUUUUCCUGGCAUGCUGGCGCAGACAUUUUGCUGUCUCAAUUAAAUCAGAACUAUUUAGAUUAAUUUCAUUAUUUGCUAACAAAGUAUCUUUUCAUAGAUUUGAUUUAUUACAUUAGAUUAAGACUGUGAUGUAUAAACAUUUAGCUGCACAAAGAUUUUCUUGCUAGCCAAAAAGACUGGACAUAUUGUAUGUAUAAACUGUGACUAAAAAGAAUUAUGCAAAACAUAAUGUAACAUGAGGCAUAGAGGCAUAACAUUAUAAGGCACUGCUGUUAUGAUGGAGUGCCAUUUUUAGAUUGUCCAAUUUUGGAUAAAAUUCUAUGAGGUAUUGUCGUCACUUGAUCAUCGUCGUUGACGUUGGCUGAAAUUUUUGUUUAGGUCCACCUUUUCUCAACAAGAGCUGUCUGAUGACAGCGCGCUCGACUAUUCGAAGAAUUGAUUAAGAAUGGGGUCAAAAUAUUUCCACGGAUAUUCAGACAAAAGAAAUAAAUAGAUUAGACAAACAAUGUUCCUGUAUUACUUUGAUUUUUGAUAAGUCUUGCACUAAAUGGCAAUAUAUGAGCCAAUUUCAAAGUCCAAAAAGGGCCAUAAUUCAGUCAGAAUAGUUAUGUACUCCUGCCUACAGAUGGAAAUCAUAAUGAUAAACAAGUGUUCAAAGUUUAAAAGCCAUAUGUCAAAUAGUUUUGACAAAACAUGGACUUGUAUGAACACAGAACAAAUUUCAAAGUCCAAAAAGGGCCGUAAUUCAGCCAAAAUAGAUGACAGAGUUAUGUUCUCUUUCCUACAGAUAGAGACUAUUAUACUAAACAAGUGAUAGAAGUUUCAAAGCCAUAUGUUAAACACUUUACAAAAAAUAUGAAGUGGUACGAAAAACUUAACCAAGAUUUCUAAGUCAAAAGGGGCCAUAAUUCAGCCAAAGUCCUUGAUGGAGUUAUGUACUCUUGCCUAUAACUGGACGUGGUGAUGGUAAACAGGUGUUGAAAGUUUCAAAGCUUUAUCUCAAAAGACUUUGUCAAAAUAUGAACUGGUACGAAAUAUUAACCCAGAUUUCUAAGUCAAAAAGGGCCAUAAUUCAGCCAAAAUCCUUGAUGGAGUUAUGUGCUCUUGCCUAUAACUGGACAUGGUGAUGGUAAACAAGUGUUGAAUGUUUCAAAGCUUUAUCUCAAAAGACUUUGUCUAAAUAUGAAGUGGUACGAAAAACUUAACCAAGAUUUCUAAGUCAAAAGGGGCCAUAAUUCAGCCAAAAUCCUUGAUGGAGUUAUGUACUCUUGCCUAUAACUGGCCAUGGUGAUGAUAAACAAGUGUUGAAAGUUUCAAAGCUUUAUCUUAAAAGACUUUGUCAAAAUAUGAACUGGUACGAAAAACUUAACCAUGAUUUCUAAGUCAAAAGGGGCCAUAAUUCAGCCAAAAUCCUUGAUGGAGUUAUGUGCUCUUGCCUAUAACUGGCCAUGAUGAUGGUAAACAAGUGUUGAAAGUUUCAAAGCUUUAUCUCAAAAGACUUUGUCAAAAUGUGGACUGGUACGAAAAACUUAACCAAGGUGUGCCGCCGACGCCGUGGUGAGUAGGAUAGCUCUACUUAUUCUUCGAAUAGUCGAGCUAAAACCAUCAAAGUUACAGCUUUGAAACUUUUCUCACUUGUCUGUCAUUAUCAGGUGAAUUAGUAGGCCAAGAACUAUAACUCUGAUAUUCAUUUUGUUAAAAUCAUGGCCCUUUCUGUACUUAGAAAAUUUGAGUUUAUUGGUUAAAUUUUUUGUUUAUGUCCACCUUUUCUCAAGGUCUGUAAGACCUUGGCACACUUGUUUAUCAUCAUUAGGUGAAUAUGUACGCCAUUUAGAAGGACGGAUUACACCAAACCAGAAGUGACUACUCAGUGUUACAUGUGAAGUAGUCUAAAAUGUAGUUCCAUGCUAUGGAUGAAAUCUGCAUAAUGAGUGACAUGAGGAGGUGACAGUUAAAUUUUUGGCUUAUGUUUAUUGCUUAUUGUAUUGAGAAUAGAUCUAGAUCAUUUUCAUUGUAAAUUUCCUGGAAUAAGUUUUAUUCUUUGCGAAAAAUGUCUACCUACGCGUAAUUGCUAACUGGCUGUUUUCAUGGGGGCAUUUUCAGAGGUUGAUGUUUCUCAGAACAGAUUAUUUUUCUUAUAUACAACAUAACAAUGUCAUGUCAAUAUUUUUCUAUUUUUGUUAAGAACAGAGCUCCAGAUAAGCUUUUGGUGCAAAUGGGUAUUUACCCAUUACUUUUUGUCUGAAUUGGGUAUUCGAAAUUUGAACUGUUUAAAAAAAUAUCAUUACCCAGCAUUUUCAGAAGUAAUUGGGUAUUUGCUAAAACCAAUUUGGUAUUUUACCAAUCUCGCACUAACAAUUGAUUAUUUUUUGCUUACAGUAUAUGCCCUUUUCUCGUUAUUCCGAGCCCCUUAACCAGUAUUUCAGUUCUUGUCGGUAACAGUUUUAAGUUUCACAAGAGUCUUUGCUAUUGUUUCAUACUCCAACAUCUAAACUUAAAAAAUCCCAAUUAAGAAAAAGAAUAAGGACUGUUGUCAAUGAAUAAUCCAGGCUUUCACAUGAUUACCCUCACCCUCUGAAAAAGCCAGAUACUUUCUCACUGAACCAAGACUUGUGUCAUUUGUACGAGCUCUCAAAAACUAAGGCUUUUUUUGAAAAAUUUCUUUUUUAAAAUUAAGGACAGAUAUAUAAUUGUGUUUGCAGACAAAAAAGUUUUACAAUAAGUAGUUUCUGUUUUCUAUAAGAAGGUUAUAUAUUACCCCAGUGAUUUUAGAUAAGCAAAUUUUGUGCCAAAUUUUUCUGUUGUGUAUAUUUCUAUUUUAAUGUGAGUAAUGCUAUUUUAUUUUUAUUUUUGUUUAACUGUCAUAUGAUUUGCCAUAACAUAUAUAAAAUUUAGAAACAGGAAAUGGCUGCAAGUGCAAAUUUUCCAAAGGCUCGGAUCAAUGAGAAGGCUCGAAAUUAUGAGAAAGAGGCAUACAUGGUACAUGUAUAUAUCAUUGAACAGGACUGACUAAGUAGCUAGUAAGUACUUUUAUGGCGCCCUUCAAUGUUUAAUACAAAAAUGUAUUUAAAAUUGUAAUGAAUGUUCCAUACUGUUGUUUUCUUUUUCACUUUUAAUGAAGUCAGAGAUCAGUUCAUCCACAAUAUCCCGAACGAUGUGGUCACCACAGUGUGCAUUCUCCCAAAAGAUAUCAUCAUGUAUUGGUGACACUACAUAGUCACAAACAGAUAACUGUCAUUGUUGAACAGCAAAAUAUCCCACUAAUUAGUUUGUGCUGCAACAAUGUUUAUUCUUCAACUCUUUUACAUUUUAUCAGCGAAAUAUUGUUUACAAAGUAUCCAAAUAACACCUAUCAGUCGACUGAAUGGUCCUGUGAUUUUUCUGAUAAAUUGCAACCUGUUCUGCGGUAACAUAUAACCAGUCAGUCAAAUCUAGCGUUAAGUCUCGUAGCCGUUCUAGUAAUAAGGAAAAUGCGAUACGCAAGCUAUUUUUUAUGAAUUCGGUAUUAGGAAUUUUACUUGCGCUUCAUUACGCACACUGUAUGAAUUCAAUUGGGUUUUAUUUGCUAAAUAUGCAAAUACGCAGCUUAUCUGGAGCUCUGUAAGAAGACAUGUUAUACUAAAUGACCAUAUAUGGUUUUCAUAUCACUGAAAUGCUCUAAAGUGCUGAAAAUGAGGUCUGAAUGUUUUGUUAUUAAUAUGAAAUAAAUAAGGAAUUGAAUUGGUAGAAUGUAAUCUGUAAGUUGUGCAGGGGUAAAAAUUGAAACUUGUUUAGAUGUGGCUGUAAAUAGGCUAGUUCGGCCAGAUUAUGAUAGAAAAUGACAAUUUCAGUGCAAUUUAUAAUAUAUUCAUAUUCAGUUGUUUUAGUAGCAAUUUUUUUUUCAUUUUUUCAGGAAGUUCUAUUAUUUUGUAGCUAAAUUUGUUUUUGAGAAUUAGGCAAUUAUAAAGAAACCAAAAGCAAUAUGAAAAACCUGUUCCCAAAUUUUCAUUACAGUUUGCUGAAUAUAAAACCAUUGUUUUCAUCAACAAAAUUAUAUGAAACUUGAUUUCUAAUUCUUAUGAGUUGCUAUAGGACAAGUGGUCAUUACUUACUAUUCUUCUGUGAUGUAUUGAUAAAGACAGCGGCAAAGUUUUUAUUGCCGCGGCAGCCCAAGUUCAAUUCCCAACUCAGACAUCUUUUUACCCCUGCUGAUGAAAUCGAGAGGUGGGUAUUGAAAUGGCGUUGUCCAUCCAUCACAUCCUUGCGUCCGUCUGUGUGUUCGUCCGCAGCCAUUUCUCAGUAAUUAGCAGGUUGAAUUUCAUGAAACUUGAAAUAAACAUGAACCCAACAUAUUGUGAUGAUGCCCGUCAAUUUUUUUUUUUUUUUGAUUGGUCAAUUUCCCUGAGAGUUAUUGCCCUUGAUUUAAUGAAAAAUGCCAAAAAAUGUCCGUCCGCAGCCAUAUCUCAGUAACUAUCAGGUAGAAUUUCAUAAAACUUGAAAUAAACAUGAACCAACAUAUUGUGAUGAUGCCAAUCAAGUUUUUUUUUUAUUGGUCAAUUUCCCUAAGAGUUAUUGCCCUUGAUUUAAUAAAAAAUCCACAUUUCUUAGUAACAAGCUAGUAGAAUUUCAUGAAACUUGAAAUAAAUAUGCACCAACAUACUUCGAUGAUGCCUGUCAUUUUUUUUUAAUUGGUCAACUUUCCUUAGAUUUAUUGCCCUUUUAAUUGAUUAAAAAUCUACAGGUUUGUACAUAAACCAACCAAUUGGUAGAAUUUCAUUCAACUUUUUUCAUUCUUUUCUAUGAACAUUUAUUAUAAAUAUGUGAAGUUGUGUACACACACCUGUUCACCACCUUGCCCUGGUCACCCACCUCUACUCCACCCCCCCCCCCCACCACCCCCACACCCCCUAAAAAAAAUCAAUUCCCUUUUGAACUUGACUAUACGAAGUAUAAGAAAGCUAUCAUACUCAACCUGGCGUUGGCGUCAGCGUCUUUCCGCGUCUCCACCUUGGUUAAAGUUUUUUUACAAUUUCUUUUUUUCAACUUAUCUCUGUAAUUACUUGAUGGAUUUCAUUUAAACUUGAAACAGUUCUUCCUCAUUACCAUCCACAUUGUCUGACAUAAGUCAUAACUGUGGCACCAAUAUUUCAUGAUUUAUCCCCCUUUUUCACUUAGAAUUUCAGUUUAAAGUUUUGAUGCACUUUCACUCUAUCUCUGUUAUUACUGUAUGGAUUUGAUUCAAACUUAAAAUAGUUGUUAAGCAUCAUCACCCACAUCAUAUGACACAAGGCGCAUAACUCUGGCACCAUUUUUUCAUGAAUUAUUCCCCCUUUUUACUUAGAAUUUCAGGUUAAAGUUUUGGUGCACUUUCACUCUGUCUCUGUUAUUACUGUAUGGAUUUGAUUCAAACUUAAAAUAGUUGUUCAGCAUCAUCACCCACAUCAUAUGACACAAGGUACAUAACUCUGGCACCAAUUUUUCUUGAAUUAUUUCCCCUUUUUAUUUAGAAUUUCAGGUUAAAGUUUCAAUGCACUUUCACUCUACACAUGUAUCAUUGUUAUUACUGAAUGGAUUUGAUUCAAACUUAAAACUGUUGUUCAACAUCAUCCCCCACACCAUAUGUCACAAGGUGCAUAACUCUGGCACCAAUUUUUCAUGAAUUGUUCCUCCUUUUUACUUAGAAUUUCAGGUUAAAGUUUUGAUGCUCUUUCACUCUAUCUCUUGUUACUACUGAAUGUAUCCGAUUCAAACUUAAAACGAUUGUUCAACAUCAUCACCCACAUUAUAUGACACAAGAUGCGUAACUCUGGCACCAUUUUUUAUGAAUUAUGCCCCCUUUUACUUAGAAUAUAAGGUUAAUUUUCACUAUAUCUCAGUUAUUAUGAAACCAAUUUGAUUCAAACUUGAAGUAGUUGUUCCAUAUCAUCACCCACAUCAUAUGACACAAGAUGCAUAACUCUUGCACCAAUAUCUAAUGAAUUAUGCCCCCUUUUUGCUUAGAAUGUACUUAUAUAGUGUUUUGAUACACUUUUUCUUUACCUCUCUUAUACUUAUCAUUUUUGACACAGACUCAGGCUAUUGUGCAAUACCUUCAUCCACAAUUGGAGUCAUUAAACACUCCAGUGACAGCUCACAUUACCUCAGAUGUUGUCAGUUUCACUAUCCAGCAUUGAAAUUUUUAAUUUUCCAUCAAUAUUUAUAACCAACAUGUGAUGUUUUGUACCCUCAACCGGUCUGCCCCGCUGCCUCCCCACCCCCCACACCAAAAAAUAGCAUUCAUUAUCUGUUAAACUGAUUUUGACUAAUGAAAUUAUUUCCUUCUUAGUAACAUCCUUAACUUUUUACCAGAAAUAUUUUUUUCCAUUCCUCAACACAAACCCUUUCGGCGGGGGAUACUAAUUCAUCGAAUUUGCUUUUUCUUCUUUACUUGGCAUUUCAAAUAUAGUUUAGAAACAAGAGCUGUCCGUAAGACAGCCAAUGCUCGAUUAUUCAAAUUGUUGUCCCAGAAGAAGGAAUAUUACACUGAAUGUUAAAAAAUCUAUAGAGUUUCAAUCUAUAUCUGCAUUAGUUUUGGAGAUAACAACUUUCUAUGAAAAACUUUAACAAGGAUUUUCUAAGUCCAAAAGGGUGCAUUAUUUGGCCCAAAUGCAGGUCAGAAUUAUGGGACUUGAUGCCAUCAACAAGAUUAUAACACCGAGGACACAUGUUAAGUUUCAAUUCUACAUCUGCAUUAGUUUUGAAGAUAGUAACCUGCAUGUAAAACUUUAACAAGGAUUUUCUAAGUCCAAAAGGGGGCAUAAUUUGGCCAAAAUACAAUCAGUCAUGUCAGAGUUAUGGGACUGACCCAGUGAGGAUGGUAUUUGACCUGAAACAGAAGGAAUAUUAAGUUUCAAAGCUAUAUGCCUUUAAAUGAAAGGGAUAUGUACUUGCAGACAAAACUUUAACCCAAGGUGUGACACUGACACUAGGGUGAGUGGAAUAGCUACUCUUUGAGUAGUCGAGCUAAAAACUAUUGUUCUAAUGUGCAUUAUAUGACAAAACUUCAAUUUUAAUGAAAGAUCAUUUUUAACCAAAAUCUGGGGGUUAUAAAUGCCUGUAAAAUUUGAGAAGUUCCAACUUAAAACUCUGGAGGUCUCCAGCAUGAUGUAAUAACUAUCUAGAUCAUACAUACCAUAUAUUUCCGCAUAAACAAGGCAGCCUGAAAGACAGCUAAAUCCCCCGCCACUGCUAUGGAUAGUAAAGGGGUAAACCUUUGAUUUUAGCUGUGACCUUGACCUUGAACUGACAUGGCUGACUCAUGAAUUCUGCACAACGUCUUGAUGAGGUGAUCAUUUGACCCAAGUUUCAUGAAAAUCCUUGAAGGGAUUUAGGAGAUACAGAGCUGAAACCUUUGACCUUCAGUUAUGACCUUGACCUUGAGUUGACAUGGCUGACUCAUGAGUUCUUGAUGAGGUGAUCAUUUGACCCAAGUUUGAUGAAAAUCCUUCAAGGGGUUAAGGAGAUACAGAGUGGACACCAAAUGGAAGGCUCAAACCUUCGACCCUUAGCUGUGACCUUGAGCUGGCAUGGUUGACUCAUAAUUUCUGCACAUCGUUCUGAUGAGAUAAUCAUUUGACCCAAGUUUUAUAAAAUUCCUUCAAGGGGUUUAGGAGAUACAGAGUGGACACGAAAUGGAAGGCUCAAACCUUUGACCUUCAGUUGUGACCUUGACCUUGAGCUGACAUGGCUGACUCAUAAGUUCUGCACAUUGCCUUGAUGAAGUGAUCGUUUGACCCAAGUUUUAUAAAAUUCCUUCAAGGGGUUUAAGAAAUAUAGAGCGGACACAAAAUGGAAGGCUCAAACCUUUGACCCUGAGUUGUGACCUUGAACUUGAGCUGACAAGGCUGACUCAUGGGUUCUGCACAUCGUCUUGAUGAGGUGAUCAUUUGACCCAAGUUUUAUAAAAUUCCUUCAAGGGGUUUAAGAGAUAUAGAGCGGACACAAAAUGGAAGGCUCAAACCUUUGACCCUGAGUUGUGACCUUGACCUUGAACUGGCAUGGCUGACUCAUGGGUUCUGCACAUCGUCUUGAUGAGGUGAUCAUUUGACCCAAGUUUUAUAAAAUUCCUUCAAGGGGUUUAGGAGAUAUAGAGGGACAUAAAAUGGCAGGCUCAAACCUUUGACCUUGAGUUGUGACCUUGACCUUGAACUGACAAGGCUGACUCAUGGGUUCUGCACAUCGUCUUGAUGAGGUGAUCAUUUGACCCAAGUUUGAUGAAAAUCCUUCAAGGGGUUUAGGAGAUAUGGAGCGGACACGAAAGUGUUACGGACGGAAGGACGGAUGGAAAGACGGAUGGAAGGAUGGACGGACAGACGCAGACCAUUCCUAUAAUCCCUCCGCCAAGGCGGGGGAUUAAUAAGACACAUUUUUAUGAGUUAAAUUUCCAGUUAAAAGAGUGGGGAACAUCUUAUAAGCGUGUACUAGAAGGAAAUAAAAAGAAAGAGAAACCCCAGAUUGCAUUUUAGAUGUUAGGGUGCGUCUUAUAAUCAAGUGCAUAUUAUAAGCGAAAAUACAUGGUAAUGUAGCAGAAAUUUACAAAAACCUGGUUAUGGAUCUGGUGGAUCAAACUGUAUGGUCAUUAUCUUGUAAAUUUUUCGUUUUUAUUUUAUUUGAAUACAUUGUGUUAUAAUGUGAUGAGGCUUUCAUAGAUGCAGAGGUUACUAAACAAUAAUUAAGUAAAUAUAGUUCUCAAGCAUGGUUUAUUGUAGAAUAACCCGUGUUUUUAGUUCUUAUGCAUAAGAAAAUAUCACAAAGGCUGUUGGUCUGAGUGAUACAUUGUUUCGCAUAAGAACGAAAAACUUGGGUUAUUCUACAAUAAAUCACACUUGGGAACUUGUUAUUUGGAUUCCAACAAGACAUACUGGUAUCAACAAUGUUAGAAACAAGAGGGCCAUGAAGGCCCUGUAUCGCUCACCUGACCUAUUGACAUAAAGAUCAUCAAGAUCAACAUUCUGACCAGGUUUCAUUAAGAUAUGGUCAUAAAUGUUGUCUCUAAAGUGUUAACUAGCUUUUCCUCUGAUUUGACCCGGUGACCUAGUUUUUGACCCCACAUGACCCAGAUUCGAACUUGACCUAAAGAUCAUCAAGAUUAACAUUCUGACUAAGGUUCAUGAAGAUACAGUCAUAAAUGUGGCCUCCAGAGUGUUAACAAGCAUUUCCUUUGAUUUAAUCUAGUGACCUAGUUUUUGACCCCUACUGACCAAGAUCUGAACUUGACCUAUAGAUCAUCAAGAUCAACAUGCUGACCAAGUGUCAUUAAGAUAUGGUCAUAAAUGUGGCCUCUACAGUGUUUACUAGAUUUUCCUUUGAUUUCACUUGGUGACUAGUUUUUAAUCCUACAUGACCCAGAUUAAAAAUGGACCUUGAGACCAUCAAGAUUAAUAUUCUGACCAAGUUUCAUGAAGAUUCAGUCAUAAAUGUGGCCUCUACAGUGUUAACAAGGUUUUCCUUUGAUUUUACCUGGUGACCUAGUUUUUGACCCCAGAUGACCCAAUAUCAAACUCAUCUAAGAUGAUAUUGAGAGUUACAUUCUGACCAAGUUUCAUUAAGAUUGGGCCAAAAUUGUGACCUCUAGAGUAUUAACAAGCUUUUCCUUUGAUUUCACCAGGUGACCUAGUUUUUGACCCCAGAUGACCCAAUAUCAAACUCAUCUAAGAUGAUAUUGAGAGUUACAUUCUGACCAAGUUUCAUUAAGAUUGGGCCAAAAUUGUGACCUCUAGAGUGUUAACAAGCUUUUCCUUUGAUUUCACCAGGUGACCUAGUUUUUGACCCCAGAUGACCCAAUAUAGAUCUUGUCCAAAAUUUUAUUAAAGGUAACAUUCUGACCAAGUUUCAUAAAGAUUGGGUCAAAAUUGUGACCUCUAGAGUGUUAACAGUCAAAUUGCUGACGACGGACGACGGCCGGACGACGCCGGACACAGGGCGGUCACAUUUCCUGCUACAAAGCUAAUAACCUACUGUGAAAUCUUAGUAUUCGUGGGGGACUAAUUUUUGUAGAUUUCGUGGAUGGAUAAAUCAAUGAAAUUUAAUCCCAAUGAAAAAAUAAACUUUCAAUUCAUUUUACGUUCAAAAGUUAAAAUCCACAAAUUCAUAUCCCCAGGAAAUUGCUGUUUUGACCAAAACCACGAAAAUUUCAUGCCCAACGGAACAAUAAUAUCAUUAUUAUAGAUGGUAUUUGUUUAGUUCAGUGUUAGAUACUGUUCAAUGAGUGAACACGAAAUGCAAUGGCCUCUGGUGAAAUGGUCAAUUUGGUGUUCAUGAGAACAGAUAUUUUGAUCUUACAGAAAAAAAAUAAAAUAAAAAUAACAUACAUUUUGUACCUUUUUCCUUUUGAUUUUCAUUUGAUUUAAUAAAAUUUCAUAUAUUUCAUAUAAUUAUUUGUUAAUUUGUAAUUUAACAAAACAAAGAAAAAGAAUACUGGUUUAUUUCAGUACAAGACUGAAAUAUCUUUAACACUAGUCUUCACCAAUAUAUUAUAUUUUCACAAGUGGUAUAUGGUGUUCAUGAGUGAAAGAUAUUCUGAUCUUCCAUGUAUAACAAACAAAUUGUUUAUUUUAUUUCAUGCUCUGAUAGAAUUUACACAAUUUAUAUUUUCUUUACCUUUUUUUGCUAUGAAAAUAACAGAUGAAAAGUAUCAGAUAUAUUUCACUCUAAUAUUCCGAUAAUCUACUGAAAAACAUGAAAUAAAUAUGAUAUACUGGAUUCUUAAAAACUCUUACCAAGCUCUGAUGUGUAAAUUAAGGUAGUGGCCCAGGAAAGAAAAUCUGCAAUUUCUGGUUAUGUAUCCUGGUGUAGCAUUUUGUCACUCUUCAGCAAUAGGAGAGAUCGUGUUUGUAUACAAAUCCAUCGUAUAUUCUAUUUUUAGAAAUGGUAAGACAAAGAUCGGGUGGGCAGACGCCGAGCAUCCAUGUUUUUCUGAUAUCAGUGAUGUUUUUCUAACGGCUUAAACUUUCUUAAAACACUAAUGAUAGGGCGAUCUCUCCUAUAAAUACUGCUUAUAUGGGGCAAAUGGAUUUCAGUACCAGCCAUGAAAUACCGAGUACAUGUACUGAGAACAUAGCAGUCUAAAGAAAUUGCACAUUUUCAUUACUGGGCCUGUAUUCAUCAGUUUUAUGUUUGAAUUGAAAAAAAAAAUUGCUCUGUCAUUGUUAUAUUAGACCACAUUAUAAUAAAACAUGUAUUCUGUAACUACAAACAGUUCAGUCAAAUUUCACUGGUUUAAAUUUGCUAGAAAUAAAGAUACUGCAAUUUUAUUGUUUGCCCCUCUCAAGUCCAAGUUUCAGAAUUUAUACAAUGAUGAAAAUGGACCCAGGUC